AAAACACUUUUAAUUGUUUCAUUUAAUAAAUUUUGCAACUACACGCCUUAAUUAGCAUGUUUUAAUUCUAUUGUCGAUGAAACUAUAUCGUUCUGGCGGUAAACCUGUUAAAUCAAUAGUAGUUUAUCGUCUAUACAAGUAUGCAAAAGUUCUCAUACAAGCGUGAGAAUCACAGCAUAUAUAUAAUUAUAAUCAGACUCGUAGAUAUAUUUGAGCAUAAAAAGUGAACGAUAAUUGACAGGCUUUAAACGGAAAGAAAUGUGUCUCUGCCUUGGGCCAUUUAAAUCAGGUAAAACUCUUCUAAUGAAAAGUCUUCAAGGAGACGAGAUUGACGAUGCGACUUAUACCGUACCUACCAAUGGGAUAAAUUUAUUUACUAUAAAAAAUGAUACUGGCGAAUUCGACAUGGUGAUCAAAGAAAUCGGAGGUAGCAUGGCACCGAUAUGGAAGCAUUACUUUGACAAGAUUCAUAAAAUAAUCUACGUAGUGGAUACGAGUAAUCUUUGUCAAAUAAGCGCAGCAGGUAUAUUGCUCUAUUCUUUCUUGGUGGAACCGAGAUUACAAAAUGUAAAAGUCGCGCUUAUUUUGAACAAAAUGGAUGUUUCGUACCGUCAGAUGAGAAACGAAGCUCUACUGAUGCUGCAAUACGCUCGUUUACAAAGAGAAGUGACGCAAAAGAUCACCGUAUUGGAGACCAGUGGAAUGACGGGUCAAGGUGUGGAGGAUCUACGCGGCUGGUUAUUUGAUCCAGAAACGCUGAAAACCACGCUCAAUGCUAAUAAGUGAACAACGAUUAUAUCGUUACGUGAUGAAAAAGAAAGUUAUCUUAAAAUA